GCUCUGCAACCCCGUCUCUCUCCCAUCAAUCGCAUCUCUUGCCUUAUCCACGACCACGAGCUAACACUUCAGAGUUACAUAUCUCUCAUCUCCUUCACAUAUCCAAUAGACCCACUUCUCUUCUCUCAAGCUCUCUUCCAUGGCUGCCUCUACUCUCUCCCCUUCGACCACUUCCCAGCUAUGCUAUAGUAAGAACGGGAUGUUUUCUUCAUCCCAAGCGUCGAUGCUGAAGCCCGCAAGAACCCAGCUGGCGAGAAAGGAAAAGGAAAAGGGUAUGAAAAUCGCUUGCCAGGCUACCAGCAUUCCGGCCGACCGCGUACCUGAUAUGGGCAAGCGGCAGCUCCUGAAUCUGCUUUUGUUAGGCGCUUUAUCUCUCCCCACGGCUGGCAUGUUGGUUCCUUAUGCUACCUUCUUUGCCCCACCAGGGUCCGGUGGUGGUGGUGGUGGUACCGUAGCAAAGGAUGCCAUUGGAAACGACGUCAUUGCAUCUGAAUGGCUUAAGACCCAUGGCCCUGGUGACAGAACACUAACCCAAGGGUUGAAGGGAGACCCAACCUACCUUGUUGUGGAGAAUGAUAGAAGUCUAGCAACCUAUGGCAUCAACGCAGUCUGCACACAUCUCGGUUGUGUAGUGCCAUGGAAUACUGCAGAAAAGAAGUUCAUAUGCCCCUGCCAUGGUUCCCAGUACAACAACCAAGGCAGGGUUGUCAGGGGUCCUGCUCCUCUGUCAUUGGCUCUGGCACAUGCAGAUAUUGACGAUGGGAAGGUAGUGUUUGUUCCGUGGGUCGAAACGGAUUUCAGAACAGGCGAGGCGCCUUGGUGGGCUUAAAUUUAAGGAUGUUACAGGGUCACACCAAAUUCCAUUGUUAAAACCAUUGUUAGCUGCUAUGAACAGCCAUAGUAAAUUACAAAAACUUCAAGCAUUAAAAGCCCUGUUUUUGAGUAUUAACUAAUUGCCCAUUUGUAAUUUGAUUGAGGUUUUAUGUUU